CUCAAUACCAAACAUAGCCAUAGUUAUCGCAUUAUUUUUUUUUCAUAAUAGUGGAGUAGUUAGGUACAUUUCUGUUAACAAAACCCAUCAUUUAAAGAUAUCUGUAAAAUUGCAAACACAACCGUUAGUUAUCCCACAUACACAAGUAGAUGAGGCAGCUUUAACCAUCAUGCAUGAUGUUUGUUAUGUGGGCAAGAAAGCAUGGAAAAAAAGGCUCCUUAGAUGAAAAGUUGGAGUAAUUAUUCAGUGGUUUGAGAUGACGAGAUCACUUUUUUUCCUAAAUUACUUAUGAUAGAUGGGUCACAAAAGGAAAAAUUAUUUAGAAAUGUAAAAGAGUAAAUUUUCAAAUUCCACUAUUUUCUAUUUAAUCCGAUCAUAAAUACGUAAACCUAAAGUCAACAAAGUGAUCAAACUGAAUCAUUUUUUGAAAAGUCAACCAUAAUAAAUUGCUAAUGAAACAAUGAUGGGAGUACACACAAACUUACAAAUUUUCCUACUAAAGUUUAUGUGCUAUGUUUGAUUAGGCAAACUAUAACAUAGAAUUAAGAUUAUGAAUCUAUGGGAUUCACAUUCUAUUAUUUUGGUUGCAAAUUUAAUUAUUCGAAUUACAUUCCAAUAGUUAUCUAACAAAAUUAACAAUUUUUUAAUCCUAUAACUAAUAACACAAAACAUAUAUAAUUGAAAUUAUAUAUUUCCAUAUCUAUUGCAAAACAACCGUACAUAAAAGAGAAUUAUGUAUCUCACUAAUGCAGCUGCGUAACUAAUUCUACACUAAUCUCAUAAAUUGUUAAUCCCCUCUAGUAAUCCUGCAAAUCAAAUAGGCUCUAUGUGUCAUGUAAGAAUGGAAUGGUUUGGUUUGUUUUGCAGAUGUGGCCAUCCCUGAUCUCUAAAGCCAAAGCAGGAGGAUUAGAUGUAAUACAAACCUAUGUCUUUUGGAACCUCCAUGAGCCCCAACCUGGACAGUAUGAUUUCAGUGGAAGACGUGAUCUAGUAAGGUUCAUCAAAGAAAUCCAAACACAAGGCCUGUACGCAAGUCUUAGGAUCGGACCCUUCAUUGAAAGUGAAUGGACUUACGGAGGCCUACCAUUCUGGUUGCACGACAUUCCAGGCAUUGUGUAUCGAUCCGAUAAUGAGCCCUUCAAGUUUUACAUGCAAAACUUCACGACGAAAAUAGUCAACAUGAUGAAGUCUGAGGGAUUAUAUGCUUCACAGGGAGGGCCUAUCAUACUGUCGCAGAUCGAGAACGAGUACCAAACUAUAGAAGGGGCCUUUCAUGAGAAAGGGCCGGCUUACGUUCGUUGGGCAGCACAAAUGGCUGUGGGACUUCAAACUGGAGUGCCAUGGACUAUGUGCAAGCAAAUUGAUGCUCCUGAUCCCGUGAUCAAUACAUGCAAUGGGAUGAGAUGUGGAGAAACAUUUGUGGGACCAAACUCACCAAACAAGCCAGCAAUCUGGACUGAGAAUUGGACAACUCAAUUCACCAAAUACGGCGAGAAUAUAAAAACAAGGUCACCUGAGGACAUUGCAUUUCAUGUUGCACUAUUCAUUGCAAGGAAGUAUGGGAGCUUUGUCAAUUACUAUAUGUAUCAUGGAGGAACAAAUUUUGGAAGAACAGCCUCAGAUUAUAUACCAACAAGUUAUUAUGAUCUAGCUCCUCUUGAUGAAUACGGCCUAAUUAGGCAACCAAAAUGGGGUCAUCUCAAAGAGUUACAUGCUGCAAUAAAGCUAUGUUCAGAGACUUUACUUACUGGAUCACUAACCACAUUUUUUGAAAUUUUUUGAAGUAUCCGUGCUUCAACCUCAUUGAGGUCGAGGGCAUUAUUAGAGCAAAUGAACACCACAAAAGAUGCAUCUGAUUAUCUUUGGUACACUUUCAGAUUUCAGCAAGAUUCUAAUAAUGAUCAGCUUGUACUUAAUGUGACCUCUCUUGGACAUGUCGUGCGUGCAUUUGUCAAUGGACCACUCGUAGGAUCUGCCCAUGGAACUCGUAGAACAAAUGUUAACCUGCUCAACAAAGUUUCUUUAAACAGUGGAAUAAACAAUGUCUCCUUACUAAGCGUAAUGAGUGGAUUACUGGAUUCAGGGCCAUUUCUUGAGCGUAAGAAAGCGGGAUUAAGUGAUGUGAUAAUUUCAUCCAACCAAGAUAUUCAAAAUUUCACUAACCACCCAUGGGGAUAUCAGGUUGGAUUGCUUGGAGAGAAACUACAAGUCUACACAAAGGAUGGAUCGAGUAAAGUUCAAUGGAGUACAUAUAACUCUUCUUCACAGCCACUCACAUGGUAUAAGACUACAUUUGAUGCACCUGGGGGUACUGACCCCGUUGUAUUAAGCCUUGGUUCCAUGGGGAAAGGUGAAGCUUGGGUUAAUGGCCAAAGUAUAGGUCGAUAUUGGAUCUCAUUUCUUACCCCUGCAGGGACUCCUACACAAACAUGGUACAAUGUACCUCGAUCUUUCCUUACACCUACAGGCAACCUAUUAGUUGUACUGGAUGAAGAAUAUGGAAACCCUCUUGACAUUUCCAUAGGCACUGUUUCAAUCACAAAAGUAUGUGGGCAUGUGUCUAAUAGUCAUCCACCCCCAGUAAUUUCAUGGAAAGCAAACAACCAAAUUAGUAGCAUGUACAAGAAAAAGCAGCAUGGCAGGAGAUCUAAAGUACAACUUAAUUGUCCUCAAAAAAAGAACAUUUCCAAGAUUAUAUUUGCAAGCUUCGGAAGCCCUUCAGGUGACUGUGGAAGUUACACAACUGGAAGCUGUCACUCCCCUAAUUCUAGAGCCAUCGUAGAGAAGGCUUGUCUAGGGAAGAGGAAAUGUACCGUUCCUCAAUCAUAUAAAAUUUUUGGUGGUGACCCGUGUCCAGGCAUGCCUAAAACUCUGUUGGUUGACGCACAAUGCGAAUAAGAGUGUGAGCAAUUUUGUCCUAUUUCCUACAUAAGGAAUUAGAAAGUGUAAUUUGAUUAACCCUUCAAAAGGGAUAAUUAAAGCUUAGAUCGAACAAGUCAUUCCCUUAGGUGUAAUUCAUUUAUUUAUGGGAGCACAUCAAUGUUUCAGUAAAUAAUAUAUGACAGGUUCAUUCCUAUCAAAUUUCUACUUACAGUUUAUUUUCAUUUCUA